AUGGGGAAGCACUUCCUGAUGCUCCUGCUGGGCCUCUCCUUGGUAGUGGGCUUCGUGCAAGCUCUGACAUGUUUUCGGUGCAGCUGGUUAAACGCUGAUGGAGUAUGUGAGAAAGGAGAAACCACCUGUGAGGCUAAGGAUGGCGAAGAAUGUAACAUAAUAGUAGUGUCUAAAGGUUGUGAUAUCCUGUUUGGGCAGCAGGAUUGUUCUUCCUGGUGUUUAAAUAAUACUUUCAUCCAUUAUAAUAUAACACUGGAUUUUUCAUGUUGCCAUGACGAAAAUAUGUGUAAUGAGUUUUAG